GCUCUACCUGGAACGACUGACCAGGCCACCUCAAUACCCACUUCCCUCCAGGCGCGAUGGAGCCCGGCGCGGGGUGGGACCCUGAGCCGCAGGAGGACAGGGAAGAGCCAGGAAAGCUGCGCGGCGGCGGCGGCGGCGGCGGCGUCCCCCGAGCAGGCCAAAUGGGCUCGGCCCCGGGGGCGGAGCCUGGGUCGCGGGUUCGCGCCAAGCGAGCGGUGUCUACAGCGUGGGGCCGUGGGGCCGCCUGGCCGCCCUGCCUGGGCCGCAUCGCCGUGGUGGUGGACCAGGGCUCGGGCUUCUCCAAGGCGGGCUUCGCGGGCGAGGCCCAGCCGCGCCUGGUGCUCAAGAGCUCCUGCCUGGUGCCCAGCUGGGACCGGCCGGUGCUGCCGGGCGCGCCGGGCUGCGAGCUGGCGGGCGGCGUGGCGCGCGCGCACCCCAUCAAGCACGGGGUGGUGGUGGACUGGGAAGCGCUCGAGGGGCUGUGGGAGCGGCUGCUGGUGGGCGGCCUGCGCGUGAGCCCCGAGCAGUGGCCGGUGCUGGUGAGCGACUCGCCGUCGGCGCCGCCCGCGGGCCGCGAGAGGGUGGCCGAGCUGCUGUUCGAGGCCCUGGCGGUGCCCGCCUGCCACAUGGCCAGCUCGGCGCUGCUGGCGCUCUGCUCCACCGGCGCCCUCAGCGGGCUGGCCGUGGAGGCGGGCGCCGGCGUGUGCCACGCCACCCCGGUCUACGCGGGCCACUCGUGGCACGGCGCCACCUACCGGCUGGACGUGGCGGGCAGCACCCUGUCCCGCUACCUGCGGGACCUGCUGGUGGCGGCGUGUCCGGACCUGCAGCUGCAGCCCCUGCCCCGCAAGGCCGUCACGCACGUCAAGAAGCGCUGCUGCUACGUGUCCCUGGACUUCGAGGGUGACCUCCACAACCCAGCCCGCCAGCACCCGACCAGCGUCUGCCUGGCUGAUGGGUGCUCCGUCUGCCUCAGCAGCGAGCGCUUCCGCUGCCCAGAGCCCAUCUUUCAGCCGGGCCUGGUGGGCCAGGCCGAGCCAGGACUGCCCACGCUGGCCUUCCAGGCCCUGCAGAGGGUGCCGUCCACACUGCGCAGGCGGCUGGCGGGCACCGUGGUGCUGGCCGGGGGCUCCACGCUUUUCCCCGGCUUCACCGAGCGCCUUGAGCUGGAGCUGGAGGCCCAGUGCCGGCGGCAUGGCUACGGGGCACUGCAACCGCGCCUGGUGGCCAAGCCUGGACGGGGCACAGCUGUGUGGACAGGUGGUUCCAUGGUGGCCUCCUUGGGCUCCUUCCCGUGCCACUGGAUGACCCGGGCCGAGUACCAGGAGUGUGGCCCCAAGCUGGUGCACAAAGUGUUCAACUGAGUCAAGCUGGGCUGCAGAGGCUGGUGCCUUGCGGCUGUGUGGUGGCUGUGGGCUAGGCUGCCCUCGCUGGAGCAGAGGCACUGACUGCCAGAUAAAAGUCUCACUUAAUUACA